CGGGACGCUCCGCCCCGGGGCGCGGGGCUGGCGGGACCGCAGCAGAGGGGAGGCGGUGGCGGUGGCUGCAGGAUGGGGCUGGAGCUGUACCUGGAUCUGCUCUCGCAGCCCUGCCGGGCGCUCUACAUCUUCGCCCGCAGCAACAACAUCCCCUUCGAGUUCAAGCAGGUGGAGCUGAUGAAGGGGCAGCACAGGACUGAGGAAUUCCGGAAGGUGAACAUCUUGAUGAAGGUGCCUGCAAUGAGGGAUGGCUCUUUCACCUUAACAGAGAGCAUUGCAAUCCUCCUGUACCUGGCACGGAAAUUCAAGACUCCUGAUCACUGGUACCCAUCUGACCUGCAGAAAAGGGCCAAGGUUGAUGAGUACCUGUCAUGGCAGCAUGCCAACAUUCGUGGGAAGGGGAGCAAGCUCUUCCUAACUAAGGUGCUGGUGCCCCUCCUCACAGGCCAGCCACUUCCUCCAGAGAAACUGGAAGGGGUUACUGAAGAUCUGAAUGUUGUCCUGAAGCAGUUUGAGGAGAUGUUCCUGCAGGACAAGCCCUUCAUUGCAGGCAGUGAGAUCUCCCUGGCAGAUCUUGUAGCACUGGUGGAGCUCAUGCAGCCUGUAGGUGCUGGCUACAACCUCUUCGAGGACAGGCCCAAGUUGGCAGAGUGGCGCAGGCGGGUGGAGGAGGCGGUGGGGAAGCAGCUCUUCCAGGAAGCCCAUGAAGGGGUCUUGAACAUCAAGAAUCUGACUGCUGAUAAGAUUGCACCUGAACUGCUGGAGCAUUUCAAGCACCAGAUCCUAAAGCAGGCCAGCUAAAAUCAGGGGGUUACACUCGAGGUAAAAUAUAUUGUGCAGGCUUUUUGUAGUAUUUCAGCAUUUCUUCUAAAAAACAUACAGAUAAAGCAUUCCACAAAACACACUCCAAUCACAACCUCCUUUCUGCAACUUAGAAGGGAAGGAAACUAUACCUUAAGCAGACUGCAAUGAGCUGCUUUCCCCUCUUGUCCACUCCAGGUAUGUGAGCUGUAGCUCUGUAAGCUUUACUUUCUUGCUCCAGCACCAGUGGAUCUACUUGGAGACAGAGGCAAUUUGCUCCAUGUGGGGGUGGGGGCCAGACAGAGCUGCCCUUUCCAUCCCUGUUUUGAGUUUUCCAAGUCACAGCACUAAAAAUGGGGCAAAGGUUUCCUGAGAGUAUGGCAGAGCAGAUUUGUCUGAAGCAAGGAAAAAUCAGUGAAAAUGGUUUUAAUUUUGCAACAUCCUCAGUUGGAAGAUUUUUGCUGUUCAGUAGAGGGACAGGUCAGGACCCAGCCCUUGGUGGGGAUCCUGCCAGAACUUUUGGAGCACCUGGCCACUAGAGACUGCUGUGUCACCUAUUGGAAGCAAAGGGACACAGUGUCUGGGAGCAGCAGGGCUGUGCAGGCACCCAAAUGAGGCCUCAAGCUUCUGGGAGGGACAGGGUUAGUCCCACAAAUGAAGAUUCUCAACCAUGGACUGGUGAGAUACCCUAGAAAGAGGAACCUGCACAGCUGAGGAAAGUUCUCUUGCCAGGUGCAGCUGCUGCCAACCACAUGGUGUCCCCCCCAAGCCACCCUGGUGUUCUGUCCUUUCCCUGGAGCAGUUUUGUCAGCUUGAUGGAAGCCAUUCAAGCCAGGCCCUCUCCACUGAUGGGUUCUGCUCUGACUGGGCCAGCCUUGGCAGCAAAAAGAGGGGUGGUGGCCAGCCCUGGGGUGUGGGAGUGCACAGUGUAUGAGCUCAGUAUUGCCUCAAAUACAAUUAAUAUUCCACUGCUCUUCUAUCACAUCAGAUUUACCAGUAAAGUUAAUGGUUACACCUGC